AUGGUCUCCCUGCAAACAGUACGGAAAUCCAACGCUCACAUUGCAGCCCUCCCACAAGGCCUUGUCGCCGUGUUCAUCGGCGCCACGUCAGGGAUCGGCCAAAGCGCCCUACAACAUUUUUCUCGGCAUGCCUCCUCUCCGCAUAUCUACAGCGUGGCGCGCGCGACAUCUGAUGCUUCCCACGAGAAAUUACUAGCCACUGUCCGUCAAUCCAAUCCCACGGGUACAUACAACCUCAUCACAGCAGAUGUCUCGCUAGUUUCCGAGAUCGACAAGGUCGUCAAAGCAAUCACGCAAACGGAGAGCAAAGUCGACAUCGUCUUCAUGUCCGCAGGGUUCAUGGCUUUUGAGGGCCGGCAGAACACGAGCGAGGGCCUCGAUCCGUCCAUGACCACGCGCUACUACUCGCGAAUGCGAGCAGUACAGCAGCUGCUUCCCUUGCUCAAUAAAGCGGAAAGCCCACGCAUUGUUUCGGUGUUGGCUGGUGGGAUGGAGGGUCCCCUUAAUGAGAGUGACUUAGACUUACGGGACCUGCCUAACUGGUCCUUCUGGAACUCUUCUGUGCAUUCCGCUACCAUGGGUACGCUGGUGCUUGAGCGGUUUGCACGUCAGAACCCUCGUCUGAGCAUUGUGCACUGGUUUCCUGGGCCUGUGGACACGCCGGGUCUGGCUAGGGCGCGGAGAUUUGGGAUGUCGCCACCAACGCAGAGGAGCCAGGAGGAAGCGGGCGAGCGCGCUGUAUUUCUGGCUACCAAUGACCGGUUUGCCGUCCAAGGAGGCCUUGUACCUAUGCAAGAGGGGCUUGAGGCUGCGAGGAGGUCGGGCGGGGGAAUAUAUCUGGUUGAUCCGCUGGGAGAGAGCACCGAUAAUGAAGGGUUGUUGUCUGGCCUGCGGAAACGAGGCGUCGAUGAAGCUGUAUGGGGUUUUACGGAAAGUGUGUUUGCUGAUUGCGCUGCUCGGGCUGGCGCUGGUAGUUCCAAGGACGAACUUUGA